AUGCAUUUUUGGCCUAUUCUAGUUUUGGGACUACUAUCUUGCAUAGUAAACGCUAGUCCUUUUCCGACAACCGACGAGAAGCGAGACGAAGAUUCCUAUAAUGAGAUAUAUGAGACGGCCGAGAACAUGCUGCCCGGAGUGUGGUGGUAUUCGGCAAAGCGGACCUGCAGCGAAGAUCAAUUCAGCGCCUUAUACGAUGCGACGUCUGCCGUUGUAGGUUUGAUUAAUGGCAUAAACGAGAAAGUCUAUGGCGAUGAGGAUCUCGGUUUAUCCCCGGGAUGGAAUAAAUUCUUCAUGGACGGGAGAAUUUGGCAAGCACAAUAUCCAGAGGAGUUCUCGUCUAUGCUUGGCCUCUACAACCAGACCAACUUCUUUCUCCAGAAUGGACGCACCGAGCUAAAAGAAAAGAAGACCAAACGACAAAACAGACUUGCCUAUGUCUGUGGAGAUGAAACUGACUACAGCAAAUGCAAAAAGGAUUCCAAAUUACAAGCCUAUGUCCCCACUAUUCCAACAAAGCUAGAAAAUUGUCCAAAUUGCUUUUCAGUCGCGUUCUGUGACCCAUUUUUUAAAUUGAAAACUAUUGUGGAAUUGGUUGAUGGAAGCCAUUGGGAAGAAAAACAGCUGAAUGAUCCCAAGCUCGUCUCCCAGGAACACGCUCUCUUCCAUGAAUUUAUGCACGUUGACUUGAUGGGACAAGACUGGCACAUUACGGACCUGAAAGAUAGAGAUAUCUACAAUGAUGGGCUCAAGAAGUCUGUCUAUGGCGCUGAGCUCUGUUCCGACUAUGCGUGGAAAUAUGCCGACGAGAGAAAGGUGAACUAUGAAAUCCGAGAGAAUGGUAAGUCCUAA